UUUGGAGAGAGGAUAAACGGCCACACAAGCAAGUUUUGCCACCACUAGCAGCAGUGGCUGGUUUCCGAGAACUUCUCUAUCUUCCUCUGCCCCUUGCCCUUGCCUCCUCUUUUCCUUUUCUAUCCAUAUUUGACCAAGGUUCUAAGAUAUACCGUGUUUAAUCCAAUUGCAGAAAACCCAUUUGCAAAAUAUCCGGGGUAACUGUCUUAUCUCAAGUAACCGUUCGCUUGUUUGCUCUGCAUCUCAUCUUUUCUGUUCUUGGAGUUCCACUUGCUGUUUCUCUUAUAGAACCGAAACCUAGGGUUUCUGCGUGCUCCGAGGAACAUCUGUUGGAAGAUUUGACUGUAAGCGAAGUUCAGUUCUAUUGGCUAUAGAGUUUAUCGAAUCUCGAUUAUGUUUCGGAAAUUCUGGUUUUUUUCGAGAUUGGGUUAUGGACUAGUUCUGUUCAGUAGGGUAUAUGUAGGAAGCUGCAUUAUUAUCUAGUUUAGUGCGUAUUGCUUUUAGUGGGUUCAUGUUGAUUCUGGGCCCUCUGUAAGAACCAUGUCUUCUCUAGGUUCCCUUGUAAGUUUGGGAGGUGUGAGAACGAGUUCUUUGGCUAGUUACUUUGAUGGUAGUCCUUCAUUACCUCGGAGGAUUUCGAUAGUUAAGGGAAGUAGUUUAGGUAACUCGGCUGGUGGGCACAGAUGGAACAAUGUCUAUGUCUGUAAAUGUAUGGUCACAACAGAUUUGGUGGCAGAGCAGGGAAAUUCGAUUUCCUUGGAUUCCACCUUUAGAGGGAGCAAAGAUGAGGAUGCCGAUGUUGUCCUUAAGCCUGCUCCCAAGCCUGUUUUACUGUCAAGGCCCAAAGCGGAAUCACUUCUAAGUAUUAAUGCACGGAAUUCAGUACCCUGGUCCCCAGCGAGACCUGGUACAGUUUCCAAUGAUGAGAAAUUGGAGGAUAUAGAGGAGAGAAAUAAAGUAAUAGAGUCACUUGGGGAAGUGUUGGUGAAAGCAGAGAGGCUGGAAACAAACAUUUCUGAAAAACUGGAUCAUGCUACAGAGAGUUGGAUUGAUAGUAAACCAGCACCCAGCAACCCAAGGAGGAAUAGGCCAGUGAACUCAACAGGGGUUCGGAAGACUAAGACUUUAAAGAGUGUUUGGCGGAAAGGAAAUCCAGUGGCAAGUGUGCAGAAGGUUGUUAAGGAGCCUCUUAAACCUAGUAAGCUUGAUAAAAAGGAUAUAGCUCCAGAAGACACAGAGAAGGGGGAACGUCAAUCCCGUGCCCCAUUAAGACCCCCUCAACCACCUCAGCAAGUACAACCAAAGUUGCAGGCAAAACCUGCUAUCGCUCCUUCUGUGAUCAAGAAACCUGUUGUCUUGAAGGAUGUGGGGGCAGCUCAAAAGCCAAUGGUUACUGAUGAUACUGCCGCUGGUCCAAAACCUAAAGAACAAAAGCCAAUCUUGAUUGACAAAUUUGCACCAAAGAAACCUGUGAUUGAUCCUGUUAUUGCUCAAGCAGUUUUAGCCCCUACAAAACCAGCAAAAGGCCUGGCUUCGGGGAAGAUUAAAGAUGAGUAUCGCAAGAAAACUAGUGCAGCUGGAGGAGCACGGAGACGUUUGUUUGAUCAAACUGAGAUUCCAGAUGAGGAGACUUCAGAGCUCAAUGUCUCUAUUCCUGGUGCAGCAACUGUGAGGAAGGGGAGGAAAUGGAGCAAAGCAAGUCGUAAAGCAGCUAGGCUCCAGGCAGCAAAGGAUGCGGCCCCUGUAAGAGUAGAAAUUCUAGAGGUUGGGGAGGAAGGUAUGGUGACAGAAGAGUUGGCUUACAACUUGGCAAUCAGUGAAGGUGAAAUACUUGGAUAUCUUUACUCGAAAGGGAUUAAGCCUGAUGGGGUGCAGACUCUGGGCAAAGAUAUGGUGAAAUUGAUUUGUAAGGAGUACAAUGUGGAAGUCAUAGAUGCUGCACCUGUUAAGCUGGAAGGAAAGGCAAGAAAGAGGGAGAUUUUAGAUGAAGAAGAUCUUGACAAACUGGAAGAAAGGCCUCCUGUUAUUACUAUAAUGGGUCAUGUUGAUCAUGGAAAGACAACCCUUUUGGAUUAUAUUCGAAAGAGCAAGGUAGUUGCAACUGAAGCAGGUGGAAUAACACAAGGAAUUGGGGCAUAUAGGGUGCUUGUUCCUGUUGAUGGCAAGUCUCAACCAUGCAUUUUCCUGGAUACACCUGGACAUGAGGCGUUUGGUGCAAUGAGAGCUCGUGGAGCAAGAGUGACAGACAUUGCCAUCAUAGUGGUUGCUGCUGAUGAUGGAGUUCGCCCUCAAACAAAUGAGGCCAUAGCUCAUGCUAAAGCAGCUGGGGUGCCAAUUGUCAUGGCUAUAAAUAAGAUGGAUAAGGAUGGGGCUAAUCUGGAACGAGUCAUGCAAGAACUUUCUUCAAUUGGUCUAAUGCCAGAAGAUUGGGGUGGUGAUACCCCAAUGAUUAAGAUUAGUGCUCUGAAAGGGGAGAAUGUGGAUGAAUUGUUGGAAACUGUCAUGCUUGUUGCAGAGCUGCAAGAGUUAAAGGCCAAUCCUCACAGAAAUGCAAAGGGUACUGCCAUUGAAGCAGGUCUUCAUAAAUCUAAAGGACCUGUUGCUACAUUCAUUGUGCAGAAUGGCACCCUCAAAAGGGGAGAUGUAGUAGUUUGUGGUGAGGCCUUUGGGAAGGUGCGCGCUUUAUUUGAUGACUAUGGAAAUCGUGUCGAAGAAGCUGGACCAUCUACAGCUGUGCAGGUCAUUGGCUUAAAUAAUGUUCCAAUUGCUGGUGAUGAAUUUGAGGUUGUUGACUCCAUUGAUGUUGCACGUGAAAAGGCAGAGGCACGUGCAGAAUUCUUGCGGAAUGAACGUAUAUCUGCAAAGGCUGGGGAUGGGAAGGUCACUCUCUCCUCCUUGGCUUCUGCAGUUUCAGCAGGAAAACAAUCUGGAUUAGAUUUACAUCAGCUGAAUGUUAUUAUGAAGGUUGAUGUCCAGGGAUCUAUUGAAGCUAUCAGACAAGCCCUUCACGUGCUCCCACAAGAUAAUGUCACUUUGAAGUUCCUGCUACAAGCAACGGGGGAUGUAAGCACAAGUGAUGUUGACCUUGCUGUUGCUAGUAAGGCCAUUAUAUUGGGAUUUAAUGUCAGAGUAUCGGGUUCAGUUAAGAGCUAUGCGGAUAACAAAGGCAUUGAGAUUCGUCUGUACAGAGUCAUCUAUGAACUCAUUGAUGAUAUGAGGAAUGCAAUGGAAGGACUCUUAGAGCCUGUUGAGGAACAAGUACCAAUUGGAGCAGCAGAAGUCCGGGCUAUCUUCAGCAGUGGCAGUGGUCGUGUUGCCGGGUGCAUGGUUAAUGAAGGAAGAGUAGUAAAAGGUUGUGGUGUUCGAAUAAUUCGAAAUGGGAAAACAGUUCAUGUUGGUGUUCUUGAUUCUUUAAGGAGAGUGAAGGAAAUGGUAAAAGAGGUCAACGCUGGACUAGAGUGUGGUAUUGGGGUGGAUGAUUUUAUUGAUUGGGAGGUGGGGGAUGUUAUUGAGGCCUUUAGCACAGUGCAGAAGCAGCGGACGCUUGAAGAUGCAUCAGCUUCAAUGGCCGCUGCACUGGCAGGAGCAGGAGUUGAACUAUGAAUCAUAACACACAAGGUGACAGAAUCUCUUCAACCAGCUAAUGUGCUUCUUGAUGAUACCAAGGUGUAUGUAGCCUCCUCAAGUAUGGAAUACCUCCUAACUGAAGUGUUCCAAAAUGCUUACAAGUGAUGCCUGGCCUUGCUUACUUUUACGCCCUGAAUUGUUCCAUAGGUAUCUGAGCUCUGAGGCGUGCUGAUUUUUUAUUCAUUAUUUUAAGCAAUGCUGUAUAUAGUCUUGUAUCUUCAAUUUCAGCUUCUCGUUGUAAAGAAGGGAUGUUUAUUUGAAAAUCCUUAAGGUUCAGUUCCACACUCGCUUGUAACAGUUUCAAGAUACCACUUAAAGAAUGAAGUCGUUCCAAUCCUUUUGAUCCUGCAUCA